ACUGCUAAGAGUUCAUUUUAAAUUAGUGUUUUGAAUGGUUGUCUGCUGGUGUCUGAGCACUGGAAAUACAAUACCGGAGAGCCCAUAAUGAAUGUAAACAAACGAUUUGCAAAUGUCGAAGAAUACAGGAAAGGAAUUUCAAAUGUUAUGUGCGCAACAUGUUGAGAAGGUUGCUGCGAAUUUUUUUCCAGUUAUGUUAUUCUCCGGCCACGCAUUUAUUGUUCAGCUGAUGUAGUUUGAAUAUAGUCUACUCGUGAAUGGCGUGCACCUGCCGAUAAGUAUGUUUCAGGAACCAGUAACUACUGCACUGAAAAUUCAACAUUCGAGUAUACCAGUAGCUGAAAAAAGGAGAGGUGACGAAUGUUAUGCACCUUUGCUAAAACAUCCCAGGGUAUCUGAACCCCAUGGCUUUAUACCGCAAAUAAUCCCUUAUGGUACCUUCUACAUAAUAGGGUACAAUGGUUUUAAACCACCAUUUAAUCGUGGAAGGGUCAAAAGCUAUUGCCAAAUAAUUAGAAAAUAUUAUGGGGAUGGUGUCAAAUACGUGAGAACUUGCAUUGCAAAAACUCCCCAGGUAUUGAAGGCGGCGCUGGAUUCAAAAUCACAUAAUGUGAUUUACAAGUUUUCCGUCUCUGAAACUGUUCUUGUUCAGUAUGCAAGAGACAGAGAAACAGACAUGUUUCAGAUUGGACGCUCAGCUGAGCCACCAAUCGAUUUUGUAGUCAUGGAUGUAAAUCGACAUGCUGGCAGGGCAACAAGUACCGUAUCGAGGUAUGCAUGUCGUGUCCUAGCAGAUCGAAAGAAUUGCAGAGAUGUCCGAAUCUUCGCAGCAGGCUUCAAUGAGGCUUGCAACAUAUUCUUGGGUGAGAAGGCAAUAAAGUGGCAUGAGGAGGAGUCUGUGGAUGGUCUCACCACCAAUGGAGUCCUGUUAAACCAUCCGCAAGGAGACUUCUGGGGAGGAGAUGCAAAACCUGGUUGUUGGAGAGAAGUCUCGGUUAAUGGGAAACUUUACACAUUAAGACCAAUCAGGGAUUCAGACGUGAGAGGUGCUCCUGUUCAACAUGAAACCAACUUACUCCAGGAUGGGUCUCUUAUUGACCUGUGUGGAGCGACUGUGAUCUGGCGGUCAGCUGAUGGCCUUAAGAAAUCCAUUACAAAAGACAGCCUCCGCCAGGCACUCUCUGAGGAGUCAAUAUUCAAAUGUACAGGGAUGUGCGUGCAAUACAAAGACUCAGAUUCCUCCACGAUAUUGAGUUCGUCAGGCAGUACGGACUCACAGAAAAAAUGCUUACCUCACGUGUAUUUCAAAUGUGGACAUGUGCAGACCUGUGUUGAUACCACGAGGAAUUAUGCAGCUUGUCCAGUUUGUUUAGAGUAUGGGCCAACAGCAAGACUGUCCCUAGGCAUUGAAGCAGCCUUUUAUGUAGACAGAGGACCUUUGCAGUACGCCUUCAAUCCUUGUGGGCACAUAGCAAACAAGAAAACUGUUGAGUACUGGUCCAGCAUAAAAUUACCAAAUAGGAAAAGUAGUUUUGAGGCAAAGUGCCCUUUCUGUGAGGCUACGUUAGCAAAGCCUGUGGGUUAUGUGCAGUUGAAGCAGAUGACCUGAGCAUAUGACUAAAGGCUGGAGCAUAUGCAGCUUGCUUCUAAGUUUUGUAAUGUCCCAUAAGUAUGAUGUAAGCUAAUGGUGGUACUUGCCUCUGGCAAGUGACAGUGUUUCCAUGCUAUGUUUGGAGAAUCAGCUUCUGAGAAGUUCAAUACCAACCAGUUAAUAUAUUCAAGCUAAUAUUGGUUCUUGUCUGUGACAAGCGAAAACUGAUACACGUUACUUUAAGAGACUUGGAUGUACGUAUGGGUGGGGACUGGAAAAAUUCGAUUUAUUUUACGGACAAUUUCGGUUCUACUUUUUGCCAUUUUCAAUGUUAUUUCCUCAAUACGUAUUUUUCAUAGUUCAUCUUGAUUUUUGUCUUAUUUAAUUGUUUCCAGUACUGCGUUUAAAAUCAAAAUACACCUCUCAGUUACAUUAUAUUUGUUAGAUAUUGAACAUCAAAUUUUUUCAGUUUUUGGACAGAAAAAGAAAUUUUCCCAACAAAUAUUAGAGUUGAGAUUGAAAGUGUACAUUUCGACUACAUUGUAUUUAUUACAUUUAAAGAUCAAAUUUAUUACAUCAUUGUACAGAAAGGUAAACAUUUAUAUUACACCAAUUGAUAUCUGCAAAGAAAAGUUAACAUUAACUGUACACCAAGGAUGGUUUUUCAUAUGAAAUCAUUGCCAUUAGUUCCAAGUUCUCUUCUGAGAUAUUGUGCUACCAGUCUGUUUGUACUUCAUUAUCUUGUGGAAAUAACUGCUCCAAAUCUCUGUUUAAUCAUGGAAUCCCAAUUGCCUUCAGUGCAACUGCAGCAAAUUGUGGGUUUUAAGAGUAGUUCCCUGCAGACAUUUGACAAUGUUCACAGCUCCUGCUGAAAGCUGCUGUUCAGCUUGAUCCUGAAGAGAUUUGCACCCUUUUAGAAUUUCUAUAUUGCUAAGAGCUGCUAUGCCAGGUGUGCAUGAGAGACUGUUUGCAUGUCAGCAUUAGUAUAGUUCAUGAUUACUGUCCUAAGAUUGAAACACAAUCCUAGGACCGAAAACAGACACCACAUUCAUGGAUCUGUAACUGCAAGCAUCAUCAGCUUUGUAGAUACAAUCUGGUGCAUUUAAAUGUUUCUCUCAUUUCUGCCUGAAGAAUAUACCUCUUCACCUUUUACACAAGUUUGCUGGUGUACUGACAAAAAAUUUCGCGUGCACAAUAGCAAAGCUAUUUUACAGCUGUGUUAACAUGAGUGUAAUUCAUUUGAGGCAGGAUAAUUUGAAGACUUUAUUCAUCAUAUCCUUUGCAUGUACCUUAAUGAACAUGGCCUCCAAUUGAACUUAAAUCCUCACUAGAAAGUUAAUUACCCUAAUCAGUUCCUAAAAGCACUCCAUCUUCAGGCCACGAGUGGCCUACCGGGACCAUCCGUCUGCCGUGUCAUCCUCAGUGGAGGAUGCGGAUAGGAGGGGCAUGUGGUCAGCACAGCAUUGGAUAAUUCCAGCAUAUCAUCACUGCGGAAGAAUUCCACCAUGUCUUCAAAAUAUACUGCCACACAAGUGGCUAUGGGAAGCAAAGAGUUUCAGCUUGUAAACACUGGAAGAGGAAAUGCCUUUGGAUACCUCUUCUCCUCCCUUAAAAACUGUAGAUGUAAAUGUUUUCUCUUCCUGGUAUUUGAGAAUGUGCUCUUUAAGUUAAAUAUAACUAAGUUCAGUUUCAAAAGUUCCUUGGAAAACCAUCUGCCAACAGAUUCAACUUGUGUGCCCAAAACUGAAAAUUAUGCAAAUGGUCUCCUAUAAUUGUUUUUCAAUGAAUUGACGUUUUUUUUUUUUUUUUUUGUUUUUUAUACAUAGCAUUGUCACUUACGAUAGGUUUAUCAUCAUCAUAUUGAAUAUUAUAGUCUUGCAAAACAUCCACUAUUGCAUGAGCACACAGUGUAAAAGUUCGAUGUUCAAGAACUUACUCACUUGCCAUAAAAGGUUUUGUUCAUUCCCUGUAUCAACAGUCUUCACUGUCACAGCAAAAAAUGAUAACCGCUUUUUUCAGUGGUCUUUUCUGCUAAAACUAAAACAUCCUCAUCAGCUAGUUCUUGCAUUAUCCCAUUUUUUGGUUGUUUUUGUAUUGAAGGUACCACAGUUUGCCUCGUUCUCUUGAUAUGAGGAAAGUCAUUAGCACCAUAUUCAAACAAACCCCACUGUUAGCAUUCAAUUUAAAAAUAUCUCAAUUGAAUCUGUGCUAACAAAAUUUGUACUUCUUGAAAUGUACAAUGGCAAGCUGAAAAAUACAAUUUGAUUAUUUUGCUGUGAACUAACAGUAACCAUAGCUUAUCUUCGAUGAUGAAUUCGUUAAUUUUCUGCCGAAAAUCUACAUUUUCCAGUUUGUCCUUUGAACCAGAUAUUUUCAGUGGUUUUUCUUUUUAUUGAUGACUUCAAAGCUGCUGCUAUUGAAGCUGGCUGCUUACAUACACACUGGAAUUGUUGAGUCUAUUCCCUUUGUGCUUCUCACUUUGCAUGUAUUUUAAUACAGUAUCUUUUCUGUCCCAUGAUAUUCUGCUAUUGAAAUAUUUAAAGAAUACGUAGAUUUAUCAGGAGCAUAUAGACCAUCGGCUUCGAACUUCCGUGCUCAUACGUUGGGAGUAACUGCAUGCUUUGGCAUUUUUUACAACCUCGAAAACUAUUUCUUUGAAGUAGAUCAAAAUAAGCAGUGAGAAAGCCCAAGAAUAUUUGGACACUACUGUACUGUUGGACAAACAUGUGAAACAUAACAGCUAUCCUGAGAAGCCAAAGAUCUUGCAGCAAGAUGAAUUUUGACCAACAAAGAAAUUCUUCAAACUGCUUUUGAUGGCGAUGUCUGCACAGUCCAGUCACUAUGAAAUAAAAUAAUUUUUGUUGGUUGUUAAUUUCGAAUUUUUCCUGUCCCUAAAUAUGGGUUAUGUGACCAGAAUUGAAUAUUUUUUAAAAGUAUUAUGAAAGUACAAUAUGUUAACCAAUAAUAUACUAAUCUCUCUCUCUCUCUCUCUCUCUCUCUCUCUCUCUCUCUCUCUCUCUCUCUGUGUGUGUGUGUGUGUGUGUGUGUGUGUGUGUGUGUGUGUGUGUGUGUGGAUUUUGUGUUAUUAGCAUAUGCUCCCAUUAGAGAAAAGCACGAGAUGGGGAACCACCAGAAAGGACAUCUAGAAGUGAUCUUUGAUAAGGCUUCAAUUUUACCCUGCAGGAAAACAGUAACUAUGGGUUCAGAAUGGUGGAGAAUAGCUUAUAAAACUAUAAAAAAAUUUAACUAAACAAUCUCACCCAUCCUAACAAAUCCUGUUGCUGUUCUAAACCAACAGGAAUAAAAAUGUUUGUGAAAGAGGUCUGCUGGAGGGGCCCCAUUGUUUACAUCCAGUGAAUAUCAUUAGUAAGCAGCUUACUUUGGUCUAGGAAGUAACUUCACUCAUGUAGCAAGUUAUUUCUAGAAUUACUAUUUAAAUAUUAUUCUGUGUUGUCUUGAAAAUCAGAGCAUGCAAAUGUUAAAGGAGACUGGAAUGCCAUUUGAGAGAAAAAUUACGCAGUAAUCAUAUAGGAAUAAUAGUUAUCAAAGUUUCAGUUUCUGGCUUAUUAUUUGUUGAAGGUGUGAGCACUGCAGCUUCAAAAGUUCCUCUCAUCAAGUGCAAAGAUAAUGUGUAGCAUAAAAUAUUCUUUCAGCAUCUUCCAGACGAACUAUAUUGCUGGGAGGCUAAUACUGUGAUUUAUGUUUGUAAUCUAUAUUUGUUAAUUUACCCUGUCUUCAAAGAGUCAAUAAAUUUUUCAUUUUUAUAGGAA